CAGCAGGAGGAGGAGCGAGUGGAGACGGUGGAGGAGGCAACGAGGCGCCUGGCGCUCGUCAACAUGGACUGGGAUAACGUGCGGGCAGUGGACAUCCUGGUGGUGCUGCGCUCCUUCGUGCCGCCCGGCGGGCGCAUCACAGCCGUCACCGUGUACCCCUCUGACUUCGGCCGCCAGCAGAUGCACGCCGAGCUUGAGCGCGGCCCCCAGGGCCUCUUCCAGGCGGGCAGGGGGGCAAAGGGGACGGCAGGCAGGGGGCCUCAGGUGCAGGGGGGUGAGGGCGGUGAAGAGGAGGAAGGGGAGAGCAGUGAGGAGGGCGAGGGCGUGGAUGCGGAGAGGCUGAGGGAGUACGAGAAGUCCAAGCUCAGGUGA